AUGGUUAACACGGCUGUGGAUCCCGAGCCACAGUUCUUCCAGGAUACGGGGCAUUUCGCUCCAGAUGGCAUGCUGCCUCCCAGGCUUGCGGCCGCUGCUCCGACCAGUCUUCAGGUUGCCUGGUCUACACCAGCUCGGAACAACGCCCCCGGCUCAGCCCGCUACCAGCUCCAGAUGAGGCCGGGCCCCUCCUCCCCUGUGUUGCUAGAGUUAUUUUCCAGUCCUUCGGCAUCGUUGAGCCAUGAAGUGAGGGACCUCCAGCCGCACACGGAGUACGAGUUCCGGGUGGUUGCCUCCAAUGGAUUUGGCAGUGCGCUCAGCCCUUGGAUUCUGUUCAUGACGACGGAGGACAUCAUUGACAGUCUGGAUUUUGAAAAUAAUUGGAUCCAUGCUUUUCUCAAUUACUAUUUGCAGGUCGAAGUCUGCACAAAAUAUGCCUGUGUGAAAAGCAAUGGAACCCAGGUCACCACCAUGGAAGACACUCCAAGCGAUAUGCCAGCGCCCACAAUUCACAACAUCACUUCGAGAUCCCUUCAGAUUGAUUGGACGUCCCCAGGGAAGCCAAAUGGCCUCAUUCUGGGAUAUGAUGUCUUACGCAAAUCAUGGUCCCCAUGCCCUGAGACCCUGAAAGCUCACAGCAGUGAGCUCUGCAAGGCAGUGCCGUGUCAAAAGCCUGAAACUACCUGUGGACACAAGUGCUAUGAUCCUGAGGCUAAGGUUUGCUGUGCCGGCGUGCUCCAUGAGGCCCAGCCCGGACACCACUGCUGUGAUGAGAAGUAUAUCCCUUUGGUUCUGAAUUCAACAGGAGUGUGUUGUGGCGGCCGCAUCCAACAGGCACAGCCAGACCACCACUGCUGCGGGGGGUAUUACGUUAGAGUUCUGCCAGGUGAGGUGUGCUGUCCAGAUGCCCAGCACCACCGGGUCGCCGUGGGCCUGGGUGACGCCUGCUGCGGCCGGAUGCCCUACUCCACGGCGGGCGUGCAGGUGUGCUGCGCGGGGAGGCUGCGGGACGGCCAUGGCCAGCAGUGCUGCGGGGGACAGCUGGUCAGCAGAGAGGCCCAGUGCUGCGGGGGAGCAGACGGGGGCGUGGCGUACAGCCGCCUUCCAGGCAUGGCCUGUUGCGGGCAGGAUUACGUGAGUGUGGCAGAGACCAGAUGCUGCUCAGCCUCCAGCGGAGCCUCGCAGCCACAUGUUAGGAAGAGCGGCCGGGUGCCAGUGAGAUGCUGCGAGACCGCGCUUAUUCCGGGGAGCCAGGCCUGCUGCAACGGAGUUGGAUAUGACCCCCUGGAAUAUGUCUGCUCCGACAAGGCUCCCACCGGACCCAGGACGACGGACACCCCCGAAGCGUGCGGCACUGUCUGCCCAGCGUCUGCGGCGGCCACAGCACAUUGCGGCCGGUGUGACUUCAACUUCACCAGCCAUGUUUGCACAGUGGUCAGCGGGUCUCGCAGCUCCACGGAGAGGACACCUGUGGCAGAAGCGUGCUCCUCUGCGGAAGAGCUGGUGCACACAGGAAGCGCAGACACGUUCUCCUUCACAGAUGCGAACGUGGAGCCCUAUACGACAUACGAGUAUAGGAUCUCGGCUUGGAAUGGCUACGGACGAGCAUUCAGCGAAGCUGUUAGAGCCAGCACGAAAGAAGACGUGCCUCAGGGAGUGAGUCCCCCUCAGUGGUUCAGAACGGACCGUCCUGAAGAUGGAAUACUCCUAACCUGGAAGAAGCCCAUACAACCGAAUGGUCAUAUCAUUCACUACAUUCUUCUCCGAAAUGGAGUGGAAUAUUUUCGGGGGAGGUCCUUGACCUUCUCUGAUACAACGGGAAUUGAGCCUUUUCAGGAGUAUUCAUACCAGCUGAAAGCUUGCACGGUUGCGGGCUGUGCCCCCAGCGGCGAGGUUGUUGUCACUACUACCCAAGGAGCCCCGCAGAGCGUCCUGCCACCGAGGAUCACAGCCCCCCGGGCCGACGCCCUGCGCUUGAGCUGGGAUGCCCCCGAGAAACCAAAUGGCGUCAUUACGGAGUACCAGCUCCGGCAGGUUGGGAAGGGGCUCAUCCACACGGAGACCACCGACAGGAGGGAACAUACGGUCACAGGUCUCCAGCCGUAUACCAGCUACAGCUUCACUCUUACAGCUUGUACAUCUGCCGGGUGCACUUCAAGUGAGCCUUUUCUAGGUCAGACUCUGCAGGCAGCGCCUCAAGGCGUGUGGGCGACACCUCGACACAUUAUCAUCAAUGCUACAGCCGUGGAAUUAUACUGGAGGCCGCCGGAAAGGCCCAACGGCCUCAUUUCUCGGUAUCAGCUGAUUCGGAAUGGGACCUCAGUUUUCCUGGGGGGCAGUGAGGACCAGCAUUUCACUGAUCAUAACCUGGCGCCCAACAGCAGAUACAUUUACAAGUUGGAAGCCACAACUGGAGGCGGCAGUAGUUUUAGUGACGAGUACCUUGUACAAACACCUCUCCUGACACCAAAGGAAAUCCAUGCUCCGUACAAUAUCACUGUGAUUGGGCCUUACUCCAUAUUCAUAGCCUGGACCCCACCAGGGAUACUGAUCCCCCAGAUGCCCGUGGAGUACAGUGUCCUACUCAGUGCUGGCAGCGUGGCACCUGUCACCUCCGCUGUGGGUCAGCGUCAGUCCGUCCUGCUGGGAAAUUUGGCUCCAUUUACAACGUAUGAGAUAAGGAUACAAGCGUGUCAAAAUGGAAGCUGUGGAGUGAGCAGUGGGACGUUGGUCAGAACAUCGGAGGCAGCCCCAAUGGAUCUGAGCCCCCCUGUUCUUAGGGCCCUGGGGUCCACUUGCAUAGAGGUUACGUGGAUGCCGCCCAAAAAGCCAAACGGGGUCAUCACCCACUACUUCAUUCACAGACGUCCUGCUGGCUCUGACGAGGAGGCCCUGGUGUUUGUCUGGUCAGAAGGAGCCUUCAGAUUUACCGAUGCUGCGGGCACCCUGAGGCCGUUCACGCUCUACGAAUACCAGGUCAGAGCCCAGAACUCCGGAGGCUCCGUGGAGAGUCUGUGGACCUCAGCACGGACACUGGAGGCCCCACCCCAAGACCUGCCGGCGCCCUGGGCUCAGGCCACUGGUGCUCACUCGGUGCUGCUGAACUGGACGGAGCCAGGCUCUCCCAAUGGUAUCAUCUCCCGCUACCACGUGGUCUACCAGGAGAGGCCGGAGGACCCCACGUUCAGCAUCUCCCCCGUGCGUGCUUUCACAGUAGCGGGAACAAGCCAUCAGGCCCACCUGUUCGGGUUAGAACCCUUCACAACGUAUCACGUUGGUGUCGUGGCCGCCAACGAGGCAGGAGAGGUGUCCAGCCCCUGGACCGUGAUCCAGACCCCGGAAUCUUCCCCGAGUGGACUGAGCAACUUCACGGUGGAGCAGAGGGCAGGCGGCCGGGCCUUGCUGCUGCGGUGGUCGGAGCCCUUGCGGGCCAACGGCGUGAUUAAGACCUACAACGUCUUCAGCGCCGGCAGCCUGGAGUACGCGGGCCUGAGCCGCCGGUUCCUCCUCCGCCGCCUGGACCCAUCCACUGAGUACACGCUGACCCUGCAGGCCUGCACCCGGGCGGGCUGCGCCCACUCGGCGCCCCAGCCGGUGCGCACAGCCGAGGCCCCGCCCCGCUCCCAGGCGCCUCCCGCGGUCCGGUCCGUGGGCCCCACCAGCGUGGAGCUCACCUGGUCGGAGCCCAGCCACCCGAACGGGAAGAUCACCCGCUACGAAGUGAUCCGCAGGUGCUUCGGGGGGAACCAGACAGAUGCGGACGUUGUCUGCACGGAGUACACGUCGGACAGGGAUGCGUUUGCGUGCAGCGACACCAGCCUGCAGCCGUGGACGCCGUGCGAGUAUAAAAUCCGCGCGUGGAAUUCAGCCGGCCACACCUGCAGCCCGUGGACCGCGGUGAGGACCCGGCCGGCGCCCCCGGAAGGUCUCUCUCCGCCUGCGAUCACCCUGGUGUCUGCGGGUCCCCCGACCCUGCUCAUCGCCUGGCUCCCUCCGGAGCAGCCCAACGGCGUCGUCCAGUCCUAUCGGCUCCACAGGAGCGGGGCGCCCCGUCCUUUCAGCUUCGACGCCGUGACUUUCAACUACACGGAUGCGGAGCUGCUUCCCUUCUCCACGUACAGCUACGCGGUCGCCGCCUGCACCAGCGGGGGCUGCGGGUCCAGCGAGCCGGCCCACACCACCACCCCCGAGGCUGCUCCAGCGGGGCUGCGCCCUCCAGGCCUCCGGGCCGUCAGUGCCACGCAGAUCAAUGCGUCCUGGUCACCGCCAGCGGCGCAGAAUGGCAGGAUCACCACGUAUUGGCUCAGAAGUGAGGGCCAGGAGCACCCGGCUGGGCAGGGCCUGUCCCUGCUGGUCACCCACCUGCAGCCUUACACGCAGUACAGCUUCUCCCUCGUGGCCUGCACCCGCGGAGGCUGCACAGCUAGUGCGCCCACCUCGGCCCGGACCCUGGAGGCCCCGCCCCAGAACAUGGACCCUCCAGAACUGCAAGUCACGGGCUCGGGAUCCAUAGAAGUCACCUGGACGCCCCCCAGAAACCCCAACGGCCAGGUCAGGAGUUACGAACUUCGCAGGGACGGGACCAUCGUGUACACCGGCCUGGAAACGCGCUACCAGGACUUCACACUCACCCCCGGGGUGGAGUACGGCUACACGGUGACUGCCAACAACAGCCAGGGGGGCGCGGUGAGUCCCCUCGUCAAAGACCGAACCAGCCCCUCGGCGCCCUCAGGGAUGGGGCCUCCGACGUUACAGGCCCGGGGUCCCCAGGAGAUCUCCGUGGCCUGGGACCCUCCCGUGAGGACAAACGGCCAGAUCGUCAACUACACCCUCUUCGUCCGAGGGCUGCCUGAAGGAGAAACCAGGAUCGUACACAUCAACGCGAGUCAUCACUCGUUUGGCGCCCGGGCCCUCGCGGUAAACCAGCUGCAGCCUUUCCGCAGGUACGAAGCACGGAUUCAAGCCUGCACCCUGCUGGGAUGCGCGUCCAGUGACUGGGCAUCCGUAUUGACCCCUGAGAUGGCCCCUGCCAUGCAGCCGCCCCCACGCCUGGAGGUGCGGAUGGCUCCCGGGGGGUUCCAGCCCACGGUCUCUCUCUGGUGGGCAGGACCGCUUCAGCCAAAUGGACAAGUUUUAUCCUAUGAGUUGUACAGGAGACAAGUAGCAACUCAGCCUGGGCCGCCGAGCCCAGUUCUCACCUAUAAUGGAAGCGCCAGCUCUUUUAUGGAUUCCGAUCUCCUUCCUUUCACGGAGUAUGAGUACCAGGUCUGGGCAGUGAAUUCAGCAGGGAAAGCCCCCAGUAGCUGGACGCGGUGUAAAACGGGACCUGCCCCCCCAGAAGGUCUCGGGGCCCCCAGGUUCCACGCCGUGUCUUCUACCCAAGCUGUGGUCAACAUCAGCGCCCCUGGGAAGCCCAAUGGCAUUGUCAGCCUCUACAGGCUCUUCUCCAACAGCACUGGCGGGGCAGAGCUGGUGCUGUCGGAAGGCCCGGCCGUCCAGCAGACCCUCCGCGGCCUGCAGCCCUUCACCACCUACUCCGUUGGCGUGGAGGCCUGCACCUGCUUCAACUGCUGCAGCAGGGGACCCACAGCGGAGCUGAGGACGCGCCCUGCUCCGCCCGCCGGGGUGGCCUCCCCCCACAUCCAGGCGCUGGCCUCCAGGACAGCCUCCUUCCUGUGGAGUCCCCCCCUCUUCCCCAAUGGCAUCAUCCAAAGCUACGAGCUCCAGCUGCACAGGGCUUGCCUUCCGCACACAGAUGCUCCCUGCACCCCCAGCCAGACGGAGACGCAGUACAGGGGCCCGGGGCCCAGCGCCAGCCUGGGGGGGCUCCAGCCUUACACCACCUACAGGCUGCGCGUCCUGGCCCACAACCAGGCAGGCAGCACGGCCUCCAAGUGGAUCCGCUUCACCACCCAGAGAGAGCCCCCUCAGUACCAAGCCCCGUUCUCGGUGACCAGCAACUUGACAGUGGUGUGUGUCAGCUGGGCCGACUCCUUCCUCCUGCACGGCCCGCUGAAGGAGUUCGUGCUGACCGACGGGGGCCAGCGCGUGUACCGUGGCCUGGACACCACCCUCUACAUACCGAGGACUGGGGACCGCACCUUCCUUUUCCAGGUCACGUGCACCACGGAGGAAGGAAGCGUCAAGACGCCUCUGAUCCAGUACGACCCCUCCACGGGCCUCGGCCUGGUGCUGACCACGCCCGGAGGGAAGAAGGGGUCGGGGAGCAGAGGCACCGAGUUCUACGACGAGCUGUGGUUCAUCGCGCUGAUGGCCGUCCUGGGCCUCAUCUUGCUGGCCAUCUUCCUGUCCCUGAUUCUGCAGAGGAAGAUCCACAAGGAGCCGUUCAUCCGGGAGAGGCCGCCCCUGGUUCCCGCGCCGAAGAGGACGUCCCCGCUGAGUGUCUAUCCCCCGGGGGAGACCCACAUGGGACUGACCGACACCAAGAUCCCGCGGUCUGGGGCCCGCGUGAGCCUCAGGAGCAACCACAGCAUCUCUGUCCUCCGGAUCCCGAGCCAGAGCCAGCUCAGCCAGGCCUCCCAGGGCUCCCUGCACCGCAGCGUCAGCCAGCUGCUGGACCUGCACGACAAGAAGGUCCUGGUGGACGACGCGCUGUGGGAGACCAUCAUGGGCCACGACAGCGGCCUGUACCUGGACGAGGAGGACCUGAUGAACGCCAUCAAGGGCUUCAGCUCCGUGACCAAGGAGCACACCACCUUCACCGACACCCACCUGUAG